AGCUCUCUUUAAUUACCGUACCCUAGUAAAUAGACAAACCAAUCUUUGUCUCAAUCAAAGAUGGCAGUUUCACACAUCAAUGAAAGUGUUAUCUUGGAAGAAGUUAUGAGUACAUAUGAUCCAGAUGGGAAGGAAAAUUUUAAAAUUAAUGUUAUUUUCGAUUUGGUGAAGAGCAUUCUUUAUCCUAUCACGAUUGGAGAUAGCAUUGAUGAAGAUGAAGAUUCUGAUGAGGAAGACUCUAAUGGCGACGAGUCUGAUGAGGAAGACUCUACUGACAACGAGUCUGAUGAUGCCAAAAAGUUUAACGAGGAGGGAUCUGACAGUAACAAAAGGUUUGAUGAUGAGAAGGAAUUUGACAGUGAGGAGGUAUAUGCUAAAGACAUGGAACUUCCCUAUCAAUUCAAAAAGUUUUCCUUUGAGAUGUCAUUGAUGUGUUCAAAAAAUAUGGAUCCACACUCGUGUGUAAUAUAUUUUCUGAAAAUGUUGUCCACAUUUUCCUGGGAAGGAAAGCUUUUGAUUAUGCUGGCAUCUUUCUCCCUCUAUUUUGGAGAAUUCAACCUUGUUCACGGUCACAAAGGAUUGUCAGGCAAAUUGGCAAUUCUCAAGGGUUGUGAAAGUCAUCUUCUGCCACUGGUUACACAUUUAAUCAAAUUAAUCUUACAUUUUACUGAGUAUAUUGUUGAGCUUGCACAAUCAUCUUCUCACUAUUCAUCACCAAUCGUACCAAUUGGUUGCUAUUGGAUCGUCGCAAGUAUCCUUACUUAUGCAUCCUAUUUCACUUCUGGCCUUAUGAUUAUGCAUUCAGGGUGUUUCAUAGGUAGUGAAACACAACUAUCCAGUUUAAUCAUCAAGAUCAAAGACGUAAUCUCCGAUUGUCGUCCAAUACUAGAAAAAAAGAGAGAAGUGGAUUCUUACAAUGCAUUAUGUCAUGCAUUCUUUGAUGAGAAUCCAAUCCCCUCCACUUCUUCUAAUUUGGAUGUUUUGAAGUUAAUAUUCAAUGUCAAGAAAGGUGGGAAACACAAACCCAUAUAUGAUGGUGCUCGGAAAGAAAUGGUAGAAUUACAUGUUUUGAAGAAUAAGAGCUUGCUACUGUUAAUUUCACCAAGUCUUGACAUACACACGUACUUGACUUCAUUACUUGAUUUCAUACAAUUGAGAGCUCAAUUGCAUGUACUUUGGAUUCCGAUAUUAGACUCUUCUACAUUAUGGGAUAUUAAGCAUAUUAAAGAACAAUAUAAAAGUUUUGUAAAUAAAUCAAGACUACUCUCAGUGAGAAAUGUACAGAAAUCAGUAGCACCAAUAUUUGUACGGUUUGUUAAAGAGAAAUUCUUUCCAGAAUUCCAAAUAGGAGGUGAGCCUAUAAUUGUUUCACUAGAUCAUAAUGGAAGGAUGGUUCACCGUAAUGCAAUGCACAUGGUAUUGAUGAGAGGUGUAGAUAUUUGUCAAAGGAUGUCUAGUGGAAUUAAGAUGGGAGAUAGCAUAACUCCAAUAUUACACAAAGUUUUGACGGAAAGGGUUUCGACGGUGAGGGAUUUGGUGCCUGGCAUUGAUGGGAAGAUAAGCGAAGUCUCUAAUAAAGUGGAUGGUAUAAUAAAUGAUUGGUUCCGUGACAUUGAAAAGCAAAUUGAAAAUCCGGUUGAUGGUAAUAUUUUCACAAGUAAGAAGGAAAAAGAUUUAUGGAUGAUAGAAACUUGGUGCACUAAGCUUGUGGUAGAAUUGGGUGCUCACAAAGGAUGGGUUGAAAAGAACAGGUGCAUAUUUUUAAUUGGUGGGCAUGACAUACAAUGGGUAAAAACAUUUGAGUCCAAAGUGAAGUUAGAAUAUCAGUUUAACCCACAAUCAAAAAUUAAGAUGCUCUACGUGGGUAGUAACAUGAAAGUAGCAUCAAAGAUUCAUGAAGACAAGUAUUGCAACGUAAGAGGAGAUCCUAUUCUUUCAUGGUUGUUUUGGGCACGGCUUCGAAGCAAAUUCAUAUCAAGAAUUAAAUUUGUAGAAGAGACUCAUGGUGAUGAAAUUUUGGGAAGAGUGAAAAAGUUGCUAGCCUAUGAAGCUAACGAUUUAGUAGUUAACGAUUGGGCUAUGCUAUGCAAAGGGAACAAGAUAGUUGUAUUUGACAUUGGAGAUAAAAUGUUGAAGGUCAUGAAUGAGUAUGAGAAAUGGAAGGAGAAUGCAAUAGCUAAAGGCUUUGACCAAGCAUUCAAAGAUUAUCAUGAUGAGAUUAUGCUUCACUCUACUUCUACUUCACUAUAUCAUCAUCGAUGUGCUCUUAAAUACCCAUGUAAUUUUGAUCAUGUCUCAGAGAAUGUAAAAUGUCUUCAAUGUUGUCAAGGUAUGCAAAAAUUUGUCACUUUCAAGUGCUACCACGACAAUGCUGAUGAGGAGGAUUCUGGUUAGGAUGUACAUAGUUUGAUAUUGAUGACAGUUGAUGUAUUUGCAUAUGCAUAUGAAAGUUUUUUGUUACCAACAUCAUUUGUAAAAGAGAUAUAAUUUUUUAUGCUGAGUCAUCAGUUUAUUUUGUGA